UAUAUAUAUAUAUAUAUAUAUAUAUAUUCUCUAGGAAGAUUGUAAAUAUAUUCGCAAUGUAAUUCACAAAUUUAUGGAUAAAUUUUCCCAAAAUCGCUCAACUUGCAAAUCUUGAAUGUGUAGUAGGUGAAAGUAUUCUUUUUGCUGUUACCGUAAAACAAGUCUAAGAGUACUCCAAUCCGAUGUGAAAAUCCACCGAUACUUCCUUCUGUAAAAAACAGAUGGAUAUGCGUGUGCAUGGAUCUGUGCACAAGAAGAGGGGAGUUGAUAUAAAGCAACUCUUCCUUCCAGGAAGAAACGCAGUAUCCGAAAAGUCAGUACAUGAGAAACGCAUAUAGUCUCUCCCGGGUUGUUUCGAUAAUUUAGCUGCUAAAUUCGACAUCUUGCUAUAAAAUCCUGACAGAUAAUAUUGUUCCAAAAUGUGCGAUGACGACGUAGCCGCAUUGGUGAUUGACAAUGGAUCGGGAAUGUGCAAAGCCGGAUUUGCCGGAGAUGACGCUCCUCGAGCUGUGUUUCCAUCCAUUGUUGGGAGACCUCGAUAUCAGGGAAUCAUGGUGGGCAUGGGACAAAAGGACAGCUAUGUAGGCGACGAGGCGCAGAGUAAACGAGGAGUCCUCACUGUCAAGUAUCCCAUAGAGCACGGUAUUGUCACCAAUUGGGACGACAUGGAGAAGAUCUGGCAUCAUACAUUCUACAAUGAGCUGAGAGUCGCGCCAGAGGAGCAUCCCGUUCUACUGACAGAAGCUCCUCUGAAUCCCAAGGCCAAUCGCGAAAAAAUGACGCAGAUCAUGUUCGAAACUUUCAAUACCCCGGCCAUGUACGUCGCCAUUCAGGCUGUCUUGUCCCUGUACGCGUCGGGGCGCACAACUGGCAUUGUGCUGGAUAGUGGCGACGGGGUGUCUCACACAGUACCGAUUUACGAAGGAUAUGCCUUACCUCAUGCGAUUUUACGUUUGGAUCUGGCCGGCCGCGACUUGACGGAUUACUUGAUGAAAAUUCUAACUGAGAGGGGCUAUACCUUUACGACCACCGCCGAGCGUGAAAUUGUACGCGAUAUCAAGGAGAAGUUGUGCUACGUCGCUUUGGACUUUCAACACGAAAUGGCAACGGCCGCCGCGUCGACUGCGUUAGAAAAGAGCUACGAAUUGCCGGAUGGCCAGGUCAUCACCAUCGGCAACGAACGCUUCCGCUGUCCGGAAGCAAUGUUCCAACCGAGUUUCCUGGGCAUGGAAUCCUGCGGCAUACACGAGACGACGUACAACUCGAUUAUGAAGUGCGACGUUGACAUCCGCAAGGAUCUGUACGCCAACUCGGUACUUUCGGGCGGUACCACUAUGUAUCCAGGUAUCGCCGAUCGUAUGCAGAAGGAGAUAACUGCGCUCGCGCCGCCGACCAUGAAGAUCAAAGUAAUCGCGCCGCCCGAAAGGAAGUACUCGGUCUGGAUCGGCGGCUCAAUCCUAGCCAGUCUGAGCACGUUCCAGCAGAUGUGGAUCUCCAGGCAGGAGUACGACGAAUUAGGACCGUUUAUCGUGCAUAGAAAGUGCUUCUAAUCAUUUUGAUGCUUUUAUAAUAUGCCAUUGCUUGAAACGCUUCACGACCAACAUUGAUUCCUUAAUGAACCUAUGUACAGAGAGAGACACAGAGGUAGAGAAUAACCGAAUCAAUUUUACAUCGCGACUAGAGUAAUUCAUUAAAAACUAAUUUAUUUUACCUCCCGAGAAAAGAAUACCUUUUCGUGCAUCUUGAUAAUUUCUUGUUCCUCGAGUAUUCACAAUCGAAAUAAAAUAAAUUCUACGUCUGAACUUCAAGGAUAAUCUUUUUAUUCUUCUAAAUACCUGUAUUCGGGAUCUUGCGUACAUCGAAUAAAGUUAUUGAUUCCAA